CCAACAAUCGCUGGAAACCAUUGUUCGAUUGACGUGGAGAUCUCAUGGCAGAAGCACGCGCGGCCGUCCAUGUGUACGAGGGGAAUCGUCGUGGCGUCAAGCUCCUGGUGUCCCAGGAAGGGUCCAUCGAGGUAUCGUUUGUGAUUCCGUCGCCGAGUGAGUUGCGCUCGACCAUGGUCCGCCAUCUCCACUACAUGAAGAACACGGUGCAAAACGUGAUUUACCCCGUGCCCCCUGCCGUGGCCGGCGCCAUCGUCGUCGUCCUCAUUGGCGUCGUCGCCAGCUCGUCGGAGGAUUCGUAUUGGCGACACAGCACGAUUUCAUGGUGGGUGUGGCACAUUGGCAAUUUCUUCGUCCCGUUUGCAUCGUCCAUUCCCCGCAGUUUGUACGUGGCCUACUUGACGGCGUGUGCUGCAUUUGCCGGCCUCGUGUUGCUCAUGUCCAUCCAUCGAAUCAUUCUCCGCGCUCUCUUGGGCUACCGCGGCUGGUUGUACUUGGCUCCCAAGGAAACGUCCAUGGCCGUGACCGCGUGGGCCGCAUUGAUCAAAGUGUUGGGCGGGCAUUCGCCCUUGACGUUUUCGUUCCAAAGCGCGUUGCCGCGCAUGUCCGUGCCGCCGUUGAAGGUCACAUUGGAGCGAUAUCUCAAAUCGAUCCACCCGUUGGUUUCGGACGACGAAUACAAGCGCAUCGAAGGACUUGUCGCCGAGUUUGAAGGCAACGCCGGGCCCAAACUGCAGCGGUAUUUGGUGCUCAAGAGCUGGUACGCGGACAACUACAUUUCCGACUGGUGGGAGCAAUACGUGUACUUGAAAGGCCGGUCGUCAAUCAUGAUUGGCAGCAACUACUAUGUGCUUCCAGCGCGGUACAUCCCAUCGACCAACCAGUUGGCGCGCGCCGCGGGGGUCGUCCGCCAACUCAUGGAGUUCAAGCAGAAACUGGAUCGAGAGCAGCUGGCGCCCAUCAUGCUGCGCGGCCUGGUGCCGCUGUGCAUGUCCCAGUACACGCGCAUCUUUUCGACCACGCGGCUGCCCGGCCGCGACGAAGACACGCUGAAGAAGUACCACUCGUCGAAACAUUUGGCCGUGAACUGUCGGGGUCGGUGGUUCAAAGUGCCGUUGUUCCGCAAAGGCACCCACGGCGACCUCUUGAGUGCGUACGAGAUUGAACAGCAGCUGGUGGCAGUGUCGUCUGCGUGUGCCCCGGAAGACGACGUUGUCCAGGAGCAGUACCUCGGGGCCCUCACGAGCGCGAACCGGACGACGUGGGCCGAGCACCGCGACGCGUUCUUUUCGGAGGGACUGAACCGGCAGUCGCUGCGCGUGAUUGAGUCGGCCGUGUUUGUGUUGGUGCUGGACGACGCCAGCCCCGAAGACUUGGACGAGCAGGGCAAGCUGCUGAUCCACGGGAAUGGCGGCAACCGCUGGUUUGACAAGUCGUUCACGAUGGUGGCGUUUGCAAACGGCAAGGUGGGCCACAACGUCGAGCACUCGUGGGCCGACGCGCCGGUGAUGGCGCACUUGUGGGAAGAAGUGUCGUUUCGGGAAAUGCUGGACGAACCGUACGACGUGGAUGGACGUUGCAAGAAGCCGGCGUCGUUCAAAUCGGACGUGACGCUGCCGCGGUGCGAACAGCUGCAGUGGAACUGGACGCCCGAGCUCCACGACGCUGUGACGGCGUGCAUGGCGACGGCGGCCGCGUCGAUUGCCAACUUUGACCUGCGCGUGCUCAACCACCGCAAGUACGGCAAGGCCGCGAUCACGAAAACGUGCAAGAUGAGUCCGGAUGCGUUCCUCCAGCUGGCGUUGCAGUAUGCGUACUACAAGAACACGAAUGGAACGUUCACGCAGACGUAUGAGGCCAGCAUGACGCGGCUGUACAAGCACGGACGGACGGAAACGGUGCGGCCGGUGACGGAUGAGUCGAAGGCGUUCGUGCUCGCGAUGGCCGACCCAACCGUGUCCAACGCCGCGCGCCGCCAGCUCGGCUGGGCCGCGGGCGAAGCGCACCAAGAUUUGUACCGCAAUGCCAUGUCUGGGCUGGGCGUGGACCGUCACUUGUUUACGCUGUACUGUGUGUCUGUGGGCAUGGGGAUUGAAAGCCCGUUCUUGAAGGAAGCGCUGAGUCGGCCGUGGCGCCUGAGUACGAGCCAGCAGCCGCAAGCCCAGACCGACUUGGUGUCGAUCAUCAAGAAGCGAAAGCUCGUGGACGACGUGAGUCGGUGCAUCUGUCCUGGGGGCGGGUUUGGACCGGUGGCCGCGGACGGGUACGGCGUCAGCUACAUGAUUGCCGGCGACUCGGACCUGUUUUUUCACAUUUCGAGCGACAAGUCCUCGGGCGUUACCAGUUCGACGGCAUUUGCCCAAGACCUGCGCACGGCAUUAACGGAAAUGCGCGCAGUGUGGAACGAUUGAGCAAGGGAUGAUGGAGUUGGGAUGAUAGGCAGCAAUAUAUUAAUAUUUCUAGUAGUACUAGUAUAAUUUUGGAUGAAGCUAUAUACUUUUAUUUUGCAAUA